CCGGUGUGUCGGGGCCAAAGUCACGCAUUCGAACGUGCAGGAAGUAGCGACCAGUAGGCACAUGCGGUCAUGAGGGCUAAUGGAGUACACACAGAAGCGAAUGUCCGUAGCCAUUUUGGCUCAAGCACCUGCUCCUUGUGUCAGACAGAGGGAUAUACAGCCCGUGGGCUCUCUGCAUUUUCGCCAUGGGCGGGCCGUGCAAGAUUCUAGGAGACGACGGUGGCAUUUCAGACGCACCCGCGUGCACAGACAAUUUCUUUGUUCGGCCGUACAGGCUGAACGGUGCGCAGUGGCAGAGCGCGGAACAGUUUUUCCAGGCCUUCAAGUAUCAAGAUCAGGAGAUGGUGCAGAAAUUCCAGGAGAGCGUCCCAGAAGAAGGUACAAGCUCUUGGGCAUACGGCUGCUUCAUGGCCCGAAUGGGUCAGGAGCGCCACCCGUCGUUCCGCAAUAAUUGGGAGCAGAUUAAAGCUGAAGUCAUGUACCGGGCUAAGCGGGCUCAAAUUGCGCAGCAUCCAGAUUUGAAAGAAGAGCUCAUUUCGACUGGGGGCCAUGUUCUCAUUCACGAGGAUGGCAUUGCUUUCUGGUCGGAGUGGAAUGGCAAAUGUAUGGCGCGUAUUCGCGACGAGGUCAUGCCCGAUGGAAGGCACCCACAGGGUGACCAGAAGCGAGAUAGUGAUCUGGAGGCGUUGGUCGCUGAGUACGCAAAGGUCAUCGAGAAUGAGGCUUUCUUUGCCGAUUGCCCAGAGCUUAUGCCUUAUUCUCUUCAAUAUGGCGGCACCGAUAGGCAAAGUGCGCCGGUCCCAUCACAGGCAGUCGCUCCGGUCGUCAAACAGGAAGGGGGUGCAGUGGCUGCAGCAGAAGCUAGGUGUGACUGGUGAUCGAUAUUAUGGCCUGGUGGUAUGUGAAUCUAUUUGGCAAGCCUGGAUGUUGCGAAGGCAGCGUCGUUGUUCGCUUGCCGUUCUUUCGAUGCGUUUGAUCUACGCUUGGCAAUUAGCAUUCACCCAUUUGGCGACGCCUUGGAAGUCACAGAGCAGGCAAUAAGCUUCCAACCUCGAACGUGGUCAAAAAAAAACACAGAAACGAAUGCUCAGCAGUUAGGACGGCAAGGACAAAGAAGGGGACACAGAGGGCGAGAACGACGAGGGGGACGGGCACGACGAGACAGACGGUCUCGCAGCCGCCGGAAGGGGGGAAAGCCCUGACAGGGUGCGCGUCGGGCAGCGAGAGAGCUGGUGUGAUGACCGCCAGGUGGGUGAAGGUCACGAGGUCGAAGUAACCCC